AUGUUCCACAACAGCAACUGCCUUCCUGCAUAUACAACAGCCUCAUUUAACACUUCCCUUAGCAUGUUCAAUUUCAAUCUUGCCAAUAAUGCAUUUGUCGCUAAGACCGGCUUUCUUAGCCUCCAGACUUCGCCCGCCCUUGUCAUCUUCAGUUGUUCCACGACGAAACCUCGGCUUCAAUUACUUGCUCCGGUAAAAACUCUGAACAUAAUUGAUGUCGCUCCGGUAAAAGUCACUAUUUCAUGCUUGGGAAUUCAGUACGUUUCUCGUGUGACUAGAAUAAAAAGAGAGAUGAUUUAUGAAGAAUUUGGAAUUGGCUGUUUAGGAUUAGUAGGAAUCGUUGCUUUCUGCAAUAGUGAGAGAUCGCCAACUUUAAGAAAUACACCUGAUAAUCAGGCCUCUGAGACCUCUAAUUCCGGCGGUAGUCUCUCCUCUGUUCUCAGCAAAGUAAUUCAAUUCGAGGAGGUAUCACUUCGCUGGGACCUUUGGGAUGCUCGAUCAACCCGCCGACGUAAACCAAGUAUCCCAAAAGAGUCUUGUGGUGAACAGCGCGAGGCCGGACAAUUCGCAUCCUCUGGAAGGCCCUGGCCUGGCCGACCGGUGCAAGGGCUGUCUAGAGGCCAAGUUUGUCCGACCAGCGAGUCAUUCGUACGCGCUUCCGCUUCUGAGGAUGAGAGUGAGGACGACGAUAAUGACUUUUUCAACUUAGAAACUCAGGUAGAAUUUUUGAUCUUGCUAAAGCCGUCGUCUAUUUACAUAAACCCUGAACUCUUUAAACAUUAA